AAAAAAAUCUUUCCGGAAUAAGAAUAUUGGGUUUAUGUUACUAGAAGAGUUCACAAGUUCUACGCGGUAGUGGCUUCAAGUAGAAUUUCGAAAGAAAAAGAUGCAGAGGUUCAAGGCAGCUUCAUUGGUAAGAAACGGCCUUCACAAUUGCCGUUUGCUUAGCCAUUGCAGAGGCCUCUGCUCUCUCCCAGACCAUGCUCUCAACGAUGAUCUUGGCCACCAAGUAUUGGUUGAAGGCAAAGCUUGGUCCAGGACAGCGAUUCUCAACAGACCUUCAGCGCUCAAUGCUCUCACGACUGCAAUGGGGGCUAGAUUGCAGAAACUGUACAAAAGCUGGGAAGAUAAUCCUGAUAUUGGUUUUAUUGUAAUGAAGGGCAGUGGCAAGGCAUUUUGUGCUGGUGGAGAUGUAGUUUAUCUUUAUCAUAUGAUAAACAAAGGGAAAAUAGAAGAAUGUAAACAAUUUUUUAGUACACUAUAUGCAUUUAUGUAUAUGGUUGGUACAUGUUUGAAGCCACAUGUGGCUAUCUUGAAUGGCAUUACCAUGGGUGGUGGUGCUGGGGUCUCAAUACCCGGGACAUUCCGCAUUGCAACUGAUAAAACUGUAUUUGCUACCCCUGAAACUCUAAUUGGUUUCCAUCCCGAUGCUGGGGCAUCCUUUUACCUGUCACAUCUACCGGGUCACUUAGGGGAGUUCGUGGCCCUUACAGGUGAAAGGCUCAAUGGAUUGGACAUGAUUGCUUCUGGGCUUGCAACACACUAUUUGCAUAGUUCAAGGCUUCCUUUAAUUGAAGAAGAACUUGGGAAAAUAGUCACUGAUGAUCCUUCUGUCAUUGAAGCUUCUUUGGACAAGUAUGGUGAACUUGUCUAUCCAGAUGAGAAAAGUGUGCUUCAUAGGAUUGAAUUAGUUGAUAAAUGUUUCAGCCAUGACACGGUUGAGGAAAUUAUUGAUGCCUUGGAAUGUGAGGCAGGUAGAACAAAUGACGCAUGGUGCACUUCUACUCUAAAGAGACUUAAAGAAGUCUCACCAUUGAGCUUGAAGGUUGCCUUGCGAUCUAUAAGAGAAGGUAGAUUUCAGACCCUUGAUCAGUGCUUGGUUCGUGAGUACCGAAUGUCCCUACAGAGUAUCACUAAGCAGGUUUCAAAUGACUUUUGCGAGGGCGUUCGGGCACGUGUAGUCGAAAAGGACUUUGCACCGAAGUGGGAUCCUCCAAGUGUUGAAAAAGUGUCCAAUUACAUGGUGGAUCAAUAUUUUUCCCCUCUUAGUGAGUUUGAGCCCGACUUAGAGCUACCGACGGAGCUGCGAGAAGCAUUCACCUAGUUCACCUAAACACAAUAUAUAUUGUCUCUCCAGUUUUAUGAUUUUGAAAGCUGGGUUGAUUCCAAGCAUUUGCCUGAACUAGUAUUCUUUCAUGUUAGGAACUAAUUAAUUUUUGGGUUUUCCAGCCUCUUGUUGAAAAGUGGGACGUAGCUUACAAAAUAACGUAUCCAGUAAUAAAAUAAAAUAGAGUUUCUAGAU